AUGCCACAGGCCCCACGCAAGGAUGCCACCUCACAGCGUGCACAGGACAAGGAGUCGAAGCGGGCUAGAGGCGCUCUAUCUUGUGCAGAGUGUCGCCGCCUCAAGCUGAAAUGUGACAAGACCGUACCAUGUUCAAGUUGUAAACGGAGAGGCUGUUCUGCAAUAUGUCCAAACGGGAGUCUAAUCACUGGUCAAGGGACAAGAUUCGUUCUGGCGGAUACGGAGAAGCUGCAUCAGAAGAUAGCCCAUAUGAGUGAUCGUAUACGUCAGUUGGAGGACGCCCUUGCCAUCUUGCAGUCGACAGUUAGCAAAGAAACACACCCACUGCUUGACCGUGAGCUGUUGAAGAUAAAGUCGAGUAUUGAGCUACAUUCGGCUGUGGAAGGUGAAGAACAUGAGAGUCCAGACCACCAGGAACAAGCGGAAGAAUCACAGUACAUAGACGCGUUUGGGACCCUGGCUAUUCGCGAUGACGGAGCUGCUACUUUCUAUGGUCGAUCCGCAGGCUCGGAGUCUCUUCUUAUCGGUGAAGCCACCUCCCCACUCGAACUCUCGCUCCAACGCGACCCCAGCGGAUCCUUAAAUUGGCCAGCCCAGUCCCACUCCGCCAGAUCCACAACUUCACCAGAGAUAAGCUCCCUCGCCGCCUCUUUCCCUCUUCCCUCUUCCUCCUAUCGAUCCGGCAUCGACUUGGAAUACCUCGUCUCAACCCACCUUCCACCAUGGCCACAAGCAUACCGCCUCUGCCAACUCUACCUCGACCAAGCACCAUGGUUCUUCGGCGCCGUGACGCAACGCCAACUCCACGAAGAGAUCCUACCAAUGUGGUACAACGAAGCGCCAAAACCGCCUUCAGAACUAUUAUCAUUAUCAGCGACACACUCACCCGCUUCCUCACUCUCCUCCCCACCCAUGAGCAGCAGAACGAAUAGUGACACGGGUGUUACUACAAAGGGCGGUGCACAUGACCUUGCGCUGUUGUUCGUCAUUUUUUGCUUUGGCGCACUCACGGAUAUGGAGUUGCCAGCUGCGCCGGAUAAUGUAGAUGCAGAGCAGUUUUAUCAGUUGACGAAGGCUUCGUUGACGCUGGAGCCUAUUUUGGAGAGACCGCCGAGCGUGGCGACGGUGCAAACGUUGUCGCUUAUGGCGAUUUAUGAGGGGUUGUGUAGUGGUGAGAAUAGCAUUGAGAGUACGUGGACUCUUAUGGGGCUUGCCACGAAGCUUGCGCAAAGUAUUGGCCUGCAUCGAGAUAGUGCACGCUGGAAACUUAGUCCAGCAGAGGUGCAGAAACGUCGUGCAUUAUUCUGGGAACUCUUUAUUACGGAUUGCUGGCAGAGCCUUGCAACUGGCCGCCUCGCAACAUUCUCACUCCCUUUUGUCGAUUGUGAACUCCCUUCUGAUCCAGAUCGGACUAUGGACGACGAUGGAACGCCUCAGCCUAGUUUCCCAUUCUGGAAGGCUCGAUUCGGCGCGGAGUGUGUCUCCGCCGUCGUACAAGGAACCCUUACAUCGCGCGCACCAAAGUAUUCCAUCAUUCUCGACUUGGAUCGGAAAGUGCGGGACAUGGAACUCCCGUCGUACGCUCAAGGUCCGCCACCCCAAGGUCUUGGUCUCGCGUUGACCAUGUCCCAUUUCAUGCCCACGAAUUACCGUGAACUCACUCUUCUCUACAUACAUCGUUGCUUUUUCGCUCACGCCAUUUCAAGCAACCCACUCGAUCCAAUCAAGAGCCAAUACGCUCCCUCUUUCCUUGCUGGAUAUCGAAGCGCUUGCACCAUUAUUGGGUCGGUGAAACAGCAGUUUGCAAUGUUUCCCGCGCAAAUCGCCCGGUUUUGGGUUUUGUGGACGCAUGCGUUUUCUGCUACGGUGAGCGGUGUGAUGCUAGCGUCUGUUGUGACACACAGCUCCAAGUGUAAAGUUGCCCCAGCAGCGCUGAUGGAAUUGAAUUCGGCGUGCGAACUCUUUGCAAGUGCUGCGAAUCAUGGUGGGCGAGCGGUCAAAUUUCUUCCUAUCUUGAGACGCCUUCAAGGUAAGGCACAGCAAAUCUACCGCGAGACUACGAGUGGCAUCGCACCCAAGAUUCAAAACGACAUUUUCAAGCCUUCUGAACCUGAAGACAACAAAGACGAGCUCUCGAUAUUCAGUGGCAAGACGCACACCGUGGCCACGAAAUCUGCCAAUACUGCUUCUAACUCCCUUACACCGUUGCGUUCGUCCACUUCCAGGUCUCCUACACAAGGUGGUGACACUGCAGAUUCUUCGCGAGCUUCGUCGGAUUCACCAAAGCAGGCGUUCACGGAUAAUCCUUCAUUCGCUAAUGUUCACCCCAGCUUGGUGAAUGAGUUGAAUGUGUUUGACGGACAUCUCCGAGCGCAGCUGCAGAAUGCGCAACGUGCGGAUUUGUUUAGUGGUUCUUCUAUGGCUGUGGACCGUGGGCCGUUGUUACAGCAGCAGCAGCAACGUCAUCAGCAGGAAUUGUCGCGGCAGCAGCAGAUUCAGAUUCAGCAAAGGCAGGAGCGGCAGAGGUUCCAGCAGCAGCAGCAGGAGGAGAGGGAGAGGCAACAGGUGGAGAGGCAACAGAUUCUUAUGCAGCAACAGGCUCAACAGCAGGCACAUCUUCAGCAGCAGCAAGAGCUUUUGAGGCAGCAGCAGCAACUGCAGCAACAGCAGGAGGAGGAACUUCGAUGCCGGGAGCAGCUUCAACAACAGCAAAGACAAGAGCAGUAUCGUUUGCAAGUGGAGGAGCAGCAACGACUCUUACAGCAGCAGCAACUGCAACAACAGCACUAUGGCCACCGCGCAGCUUAUGCUCAACCUUCUGGACCAGAUCAUCCCAUGCACGACAUCCCACCACCACCACCACCAGCAGCCAUUCCCACGUCCGUGUCCUCCGCUCAUCAUCUCCGACAACUCUCGCAUUCUCAGUCUCAUCCCAAUCUGCAAGUCGCAUACCAGCAGCAGCAACACCAACAACAUUAUCAGCCCAUGCCUCACGCUACACCGUCCCGACAUCCUACUGAAACUUUGCCGCCUCCUCCACAACAGCGGCACCAGAUGUAUGCCGUCCCUCCGGGAGAGUUCGCACAUCAUCAUCAUCCAAGCCCAGAAUCAUCCGUCUCCUCACUUGUGCAUUAUACGCCUCCCACAACGAGCACCACUUACGACGCUCGUCCUCGUGCCUCGCAAUCGCACUACCGUGGGGAAUCGUACCAAUACUGGCCCGGGGCGCCGAGUGGAUAUGCUAUGGAGGAACAACAACCGUAUGGCACAGGUCCGUCACAGCAGCAGCAGGCGUACCAACCGCACCAACAUUAUACCCCCGGAGGUGUUCUUAGAGGGAUUGCAGCUGAAGACAGCAGCCUCCAGGAAACGUGGCAAUCUUACAUGCACAAGGUUGCAUCUCCCCGCCAUCUCUUUGAGGAUUAA